UCAACCGUGCAGUAACAACUUUUGAAACAAACGCUAGAUGUACGAAGCAGAAAAGGCCGGUGGGUACUAAGUAUGAAAACGCGAUCGGCAUCACUUCUUCACAGUACACUUCUGAGCACACGCACAUCGCGUAGAACGAGCACUUCUACAAACCAGCAACGCUGCGACACAUCGCACAUACACAUCACGGUUUGUAGCUUGCGAACACAUUUCGUAACAGCAAGAACACAGCUCGAAUGUCGCGGUCACCUCGGCGCGUCGCAGCCGGCAAAACGGCUCACACGCAGUACGGCACACGCGGAAUGGCAGCGAUAACGAGGCGAUAAAAACCUAUCGCUACUGAUCGUAUAAUUACUUCUGAAAGUUGCGAAGGGCUGGCGUUCACCACUUCCCGGCAACGAUACGCAUACACAGAACAGAAACCAAUCGUGUUCGCUGGGUGCGCCAAUCGAACGCUACUUAUUUCGCCACGCACUGAACAUGUUCCUGUGCUGCUCAGAAUGCACGUAUAUGUGAUGAAGUUCUCGUCUGCGACGCCAACGCGAAGGAUGGAAAAAAAAAUCACGAAGUCGACGGCUUCCAAUAUUUCUUCCGGCGUUAUCGUAAACACAACACACUUCCUGCGCUCCGUCUGCAUCUUUCGGCGAUCGCACGCACUGACGAGGUCAGGAAGGAUGCACCGGCUUGUUGCCUUCGGUGACUAUCUCCAUGGGUGCCAGAUAACUGUAGUAAAAAUCAUAAGAAGGAGGAAAAUAGACUGUUUCUGACGCGGCUGCAUGCCUCGCGCCCCCCGCUUUGCUUCGCUUCGAGCAAGCGCCAUGUUUGCUGACGACACCCGACCGUCCGCCCGCCUCGGACCAGCCAUGCUGGAACCGCACGAGCGGAUCGCAGGCGCACUCCUAUUGGACGACGCGGUUGUUGACAGCUGGCAACCAUUCGGCAAAGCAAACGUGUACAAGGUCGGCAACUAUUUUUGUCAGCAGACGACACUGGCAUAUUUUUGUAGACGCAAGUUCAAGUUUACGCGUCGCGGUGAAAACGCGACUCUAGGCUGUGGCAGCCCUUUGGGCUGGCAACGAGCAAAAUAUUUGGAAUAUUUAUGUUCCCUGUUGCUAGCCACCGUAUUGUUGACCUCUAGUGACUGUUUUGACUGGGGCAGCACUUGCGCCAUCAGCAUCAGUAUCGCACCGCGUGUUUUUCACUGCUGCGUCGGCUGCGAUACACGCAAAGCACGUGCACUUUCUCCUGUUGACAAUGUCUCUUGGUAUGAGUGACGCGACAACGGACUUUUUAAUCGCGUACUUGUCCAACACAACUGAGGUGGACUGGAUGCGGGUGUCUUUAAUGGUGGCCGCAGAUAUGCUGAAGGUGAAGCGGCGGGCGAAGAAGCGCAAGCCUAUCGAAAAGAUCUUGAAGCAACGGCGUAGGUUGGGUGAAUAUUUCACCCUUGUCCGCGAAAUGCGUCUUGGAGACGGCAUGUACUUCUUCGAGUACUUCCGGAUGUCCGUCGAAAGGUUUGAUCGUCUUCUCGCUCUGGUGGAUCCGUUGCUACGGCCAAAAAGGGUCACCUGCAACACUUUGUCAUCCGGCGAAAAACUGGCAUUCACGUUGCGGUACCUUGCACAUGGGUCUAAUAUGAAAAUUAUUGCGAAGUCGUAUCGCAUAUCCAGCUCUGCAGCCAGCCAAAUUGUUAAACAAACCUGCCUAGCCUUGCGUAAUGUGCUGCAGCCUAUCUACCUUGCUACACCAACAACAGCCCAAUGGAAGGAAAUAGCCAAUGAUUUUGAGACAUUGUGGCAAUUUCCUAAUUGCAUUGGCGCUAUUGAUGGAAAGCAUGUGUGUAUGGAAGCUCCAGGAAACUCUGGUAAAUUGUUCCACAAUUACAAAGGUCAUUUUAGUACGAUCCUCCUUGCAGUGUGUGAUGCCAGGUAUCGUUUUACAAUGGUGGACAUUGGGGAGUGUGGUUCACGUGGUGAUGCUGGCCUAUUUGGCGAAUGCCAUAUAGGGCAAAAGCUGAACGACGGACAGCUCGGUAUUCCACCAGACGGCAAGGUGCCAGGUGCACCAAUGAAGUUGCCAUACGUGUUUGUUGGUGAUGAGGCAUUUCCUUUACUGAAAAACCUCAUGCGACCAUACCCUGGUUCUGGCCUUGAUGCUGAACGUAGGGUGUUCAACUACAGGUUGAGCCGAGCAAGGCGCACCAUUGAGAACACCUUCGGCAUCCCUGCUAACAGAUGGAGAAUUCUCCGUCAGGAUAUCCGUGCAUCUGCACACACAGUCGACCUCAUUGUGUGGGCAACAGUACUUCUGCACAACUACCUCAGGACACAUGAUGAUGAGGACGCAAGUUGUUUUAAGUACUGUUCUGACAAUGACGUUGAUAGAGUUGGACCGGAUGGUCAAUUCAUUCCUGGCAAGUGGAGAUCAGACCUUCAGGGCAACCAAGGUAUUCUUACAGAUAUCUCGCAUGGGAAUCGCAUUUACACUGGCCAUGCAAAAUUAGUGCGAGAUGCCUUCAAGGCGACCUUCCACUCUCCUGAGGGGCGUGUGCCAUGGCAAGGGAACGUGCUGAGGGCAGGUUUGUGAAAGUGAGCAGAGUCCCUAGUGUGCUCCAAGUGUCAAGCAUUGAGAGGACCUUACGGCAAUGU